UGGGCAUAUGUGGGCAGCACUGCUGGGCACUGGUGGGUAGCACUGCUGGGCACUGAUGGGUGGCACUGCUGGGCACUGAUCCAGGGGCGGACUGACAACUCAUGGGGCCCCCGGCAAUAGGGGAUCGUGGGGCCCUAUGUCCUUGCCCACACUCAAAAAAGCCUAUAAAAAAGGUACCAGGGGCAUUUCAUGGGGCCCCCUACUGACCCGGGCCCUUGGGCGGUGCCCGAGUGCUCGAAUUGUCAGUCCGCAACUG